ACCAUUCACUCCCCGUUCAUUCACUUGCCGCGUCGAACCACUUCGAACCGGGCAGUGGUUGCGUGUGGGUGUAUCGCCCGGUCCGAUUUCAGAACGUCGCGCGUGUUUUCGUGUGUACGACAUUUUUAAUUUCCGAACUUUUCGCGCGAAAUACGUGAACAAAUAGUGUGACGUUUUUAAUUUUCGAACUAUACGCGCGAAUUCUAUUUUUAAAUAAUGUAACUUUUUAAUUUCCAAAAUAAACGCGCGAUUUCCGUUUUUUUAAUUGUGUGACAUUUUUUGUUUUUGUGUUCGAAUUUCGAAAUUCAAAAACUUUUUUUAAUUUUGUGUGAGUGUGACCACGAUUGUGGAAUCAAACUGCGUAAAGUGUUACUUGCUGAUAUUACUAUUUUUGUUUAUUAUAUGUGUUGUUAAUUAAAUGAAAAUCUAACAUUUAAUGAUAGUGUUUUUUAUUUUAUAGACUAAAAUAAUAAUUACUAAAUGUGUAUUGUAAUAAAAUAAAAAUAUUUAAACAUAAUUUGAAAAUGGGUGAACAAACAUUCAAUAUCGAGGAUAACAAUCUAGAGCAGCACAUAGUGACGCUAUUCGAAAAGUUGGAAUGUUUGCGUCGGGACGCGAGUACUGGGGACGUUCUGGGUAAGGUGCCCGCCAGGCUGGAGGUGCGGACGCUGUCGCUGUGGAAGGCAGUGGUGGCGGAGUGCGCGGCGUCGUUCCUGUACGUGUUCAUCGUGUGCGGCGCGGCGGGCGGCGCGGGCGUGGGCGCGUCCGCGUCCGCCGUCUUGCUGGCCACCGCGCUGGCGUCCGGCUGCGCCAUAGCCACGCUCACGCUGUGCUUCGCGCAUAUAUCUGGUGCGCACGUGAACCCGGCGGUGUCGGUAGCGCUGUGCGUGCGUCGCCGCGUGUCGCCGCUGCGCGCCGCGCUCUACGUCGCCGCGCAAUGCGGGGGCGCCAUAGCGGGCGCCGCAGCGAUAUACGGUGUCAGCAUCCCGGGAUACGCGGGCGGGCUGUCGGCGUCGCUGCCGGGCGGCGCGGGCGCGGGCGCGGCGUGGGAGCGGCUCGGCGCUGAGCUGCUGCUGUCGGGGCUGGUGGCGGCGGCGUACUUCGCGGCCAUGGAGCGGCGCUGGACCGGCGCUGCGCCAGCGCUGCUGGGUGCCGCCUACUGCGCCGCCAGCUUUGUGUCUAUGCCUUCCCUGAACCCGGCGCGCUCGCUGGGCCCGUCGUUCGUGCUGUCGCGCUGGGAGAGCCACUGGGUGUGCUGGGUGGGCGGCAUCGGCGGCGGCAUCGCCUGCGCGCUGCUGCACGAGUGGGGCACCAGGCGACCCCGCGCCAACUCCAACUCACGAGCUUCCUCGCCGAGGGAUCUGGACGAGCUAGACAAGCCGGCGUUCCCGUCGCACCACCACUACCGGCACGCGCCCACGUACUGCUCGGCCGCCGCGCCGCGCCCCGACACCACCGAGCCGCUGUACUCGGGCAGCAAGUCGCUGUACUGCCGCUCGCCGCCGCCCGCGCGCCACGCGCUGCACAGGUCUGACGGGCCCGCCAGCUUCAUAUCGCAGUCGGUGUACAGCAAGAGCAGCGGCGCGGGCGCGGGUGUGGGCGCAGGCGUGGGCGUGGGCGCAGGCGUGGGCGCGGCGGUAGCGGGCGCGGCGGGCGCGAUGGGCGCGACCCAGUCGCAGCUGCUGCUGCGGCCGCACACCGUGUCCAUGAGCCAGAACAUGCACAACGCACAGCGCGACCCCACUGCCUACACCGCCACCGCCAACGGCGUGCGUCCUGGACCUGCCGGCGCAGCGGUAGCGGAGCGGCGCGAGUCGGUGUACGGCGGCAGCACGGGGCGGCGCGCGCCGCUGUCGUCCGAGGACAGCGCGUACGGCAGCUACGCGCCCGCGCGCGCCUACCGCCCGCCCGACCACUACUAGCGCCGCGCCUCGCAGCACAACAUUGCGCUGCUCUUUGACGUCUGAGCUGACCCAACCGGUCGCGCUCACCCGUCGACAUGGACUCUGUGUACCGCACAAUAGUGGUGCACUGUAAAAUAGUGUGUAUCAUUCAGUGUCGCAACUCGCAAACAACUUUCUUUUAUCUGUGAGCUGGAAUUGUGGAUCACGCUCCAACUAUUAUGGACUCAUACUAUGUUAUACCUACCAUAGAAGUGUACUCUAAACUGGUGUGUUUGUAUAGCACCGCCUGAUAAUUCAAUGUCGCACCUGGAAGCUCAACAUUGCGCUGUUCUUUGACGUAUGCGCUUUAGUGACUUUAACACAAUCACGAUGACGACUAUGCGGUACAUUCAUAGAAGAGUACUAUAAAACAUUAUAACGCUUGACCAUUAAUGUUUUACCUCGCCGUACAACAUUACGCUGUUCUUUGUGCUGAUCAAAACGUAAAUCACGCUGACCCAACAACUAUGUUGGUGUCAUACUGUGUGUAUUCACUUGUGUGUACUUGAUGUUUACGAUAAAGGUAAUAGAAUUUGUACCAGUAGUAUAAUUGAUUACUACAGUAAAUUUUUACAAAUCCUAUACUAUCAAGCUAAAAUAAUUUAAUAUGUGUAAAUCUGAAUUAACAUACUAGUAAAGUUUUUGUAUAAUAAUGUAAAUAACUAUUUUAAAUUAUGCAGGUAAAAUUUAGUUUGUGUAACAAAAUAUUCAAAACUGUAGGUUAACAAAUAACAUAAAAAAAAUAGGAAUAAAUAACUAAAUGUCAAGUUAUGAAACCAAAAUAAUUCCAAAUAACUAAUUUUAACAUGCUCUUAUUUAUAGUUCAAAUUAAGUAAAUAAUAAUUAGAUAGGAAAUAAAUUGUUACACUAGCCAUAAUAUGGAAGAAUGGACUGUAAAGAAUAGACAUAUUAGAUAAUAGUAAAAAUAAGUAAUUAAAUAUGUAAUACAUAUAAAAAGUUACUAAACCUACCUAGAAUAUGUAUGUAAACUACCUAGUAUAUGCUAAAUGUAAUUAAUCUAUUACUAUCAUAGUGCCAAAAUCACUUAAACCUAAACUUCCUACGAGACGUGAUUAUUUACUGGUUUAUAUGGUUAUUUUAUUAUAGUAAAACAUAAUAUUAUAGAACGGUUUCACCACCUUCAGAAAAAUUAAAAAAAAAACGAGCGUGCUAGCCACACGACUAAAUAAAAUUUCUUUCAAAAAUAAAAAACAAAAGCGCCAUCUGUGAGCCUUAGGCAUAACUGCACCGCAACAGGCUCUUGAAACGUAGAAAAAGAGUUCAUUUCAAAGUUCUCUUAGAACGCCAUCUACUUUAAAAUAACAAAUACCGUUUCACUGUGCAAAAGAAAAUAGUACCUAUUUCACUGAAUUACCCGUGUAAAACUUUUUAACAUUGAUUUUGAAAAUUUGUACAUCGAAAUAGGGUUGUUAAUUAACGGUAAUUAAUUGUACAAAAUGUUUUAGGAUAAUAGAUAAAUAAAUAAAAGUCGAUUUUAAGUUUUAAUAAUAGUAAUAAUAAUUUUAAUUCUUUUGUUUUAGAAUAUUUUACCCACUUCGCCCUAGAUUAGGUACCUACCGGAGAAUAAGACCGGAAUAUAAUGCCUACGUACGUAAGUACUUACGUACUCAAAUAUAAUACCUACGUAAUUACGUACUCAAAUAUAAUACCUACGUAAUUUCGUACUCAAAUAUAAUACCUACGUAAUUACGUACUACUCAAAUAUAAUACCUACGUAAUUACGUACUCAAAUAUAAUACCUACGUAAUUACGUACUACACAAAUAUAAUACCUACGUAAUUACGUACUCAAAUAUAAUACCUACGUAAUUACGUACUACUCAAAUAUAAUACCUACGUAAUUACGUACUCAAAUAUAAUACCUACGUAAUUACGUACUACUCAAAUAUAAUACCUACGUAAUUACAUACUCAAAUAUAAUACCUACGUAAUUACGUACUACUCAAAUAUAAUACCUACGUAAUUACAUACUCAAAUAUAAUACCUACGUAAUUACGUACUACUCAAAUAUAAUACUUACGUAACUACGUACUCAAAUAUAAAUAUCUACGUAAUUACGUAUGCAUAUUAUGUACCUACCUGUACGUUCAUAUUGAUAUAGUCCGUCUACGACCUACUUAGACUGAGAUGAAAGAAAAUUUGUUCUCUAAAAUCGUUCCUUGUCGUCAUAUUGCAAAGGUACCUAAAUUAGAAGAAAAAAUGACAAAUCAUUAUAUGUAUUUCGCAAAGCAAAUGUUACGUUACGUAAUUGGACAGAUUUAACAUGUAACAUAGAUCUAACUUGAUAAUUAUAUAAGACUGUUACCUUUAUAUUAUUAUUUUAAGGCGCCACCUCCACAGGGGAGUUAGACAUUAAAUGAUUGAAUUCCUCCAAUGAUUGAAUAGUUUAUAGAAGAACCUCGCGGUUGCACCCUCGUAGUUUCUAUUCUUGUAGGAAUACGGGGAUAAAGCUUCCCAACAGUGUAAGAAUUUUACAUAUCGGUAAUUUUGGAGCCUACCAUGAUUUUUUAUUGGAUAUUUUUUUCCGUAUUGUAUUGCCCUCUUGUCUCAUACUUACCCGAAGAUAGGUACCUACUAUUAGUAGAGUUUAAAUAACUAUAUUCAAAGUUACAUAGCUAUGGGAAACUCGCGCGUGGAGGGGACGUCUUAGUCUUCCAAAAUAAUAUAGAAUAAGAUAUUUUAAGGAAAACCUCAUUGAAAUAUUGUAGAUUUAUACCUACUUAAAAUUUGAUCGAUCAAAACUUCAGUUUAUUUCUAGAUCACUCAUACUCUCACUUGUUAAUGAUUGUAUUGAGAAAAAUUGUGUAUAAACAUAUUCAGAAAUAAAUUUACUUGCAGUUAAAAA